GACUGAACAAACACUUUUUAUUGGAUGUCUUUGCCGUCCAUUACGUCCCUUUGUUCUCUCAUUGGCUACUCAUUUGCGGGUUUAUCUCUCCAUCGCGUGCUGCUCCUGUAGUAUCACAGCUUAUUAUCCUACCAUAUACGUCCGCCAAAACAUAUAGUUCGCAGUGGUAAUUCUUCUACUUUACACUAACUGCACAGUGUCUCUUGCAGGACGCAUCUUAAAUCCUUAUUUCGCGCCUCCUGCCUGCUAUAUGUCUUUCUCACUUCUUCGAACGAGGCGGCACAACUGUUUUCUCCUCUGGGCAUUUUGAAACUGGACACCGCUGGCGCUGAGGCCCCCUCUUUUCCAUGCGGAGGAAUACGUUGUUGCUGCUGACAAUGUGGAUGGAGGAGCUUUAAGAUGUCUACUAGAAGAAUGAAUCCAUCUCAGUUGUAGCAACAAAAAAAGGGAAGUCGUGUGGCAGGCAGAGAGCGGUUGUUUGGAUAUUGACCGGGUACUUUGUAUACUUUGUAUUUACAACGCGGAUUGCUUUACAGAAGGAUGAAGUGCAAAUAGGAGACGUUUUAUGGUGAUCCAACGCUUUUCAUGCGCCGAGGUUCAAAUCGUGCCCAAGUUUUGUUUUGUUUUUUUUCCUCCUAUGAGACUCAGCCUUUCUUUAUAACCGCUGGAUGUGAAGCAUCUCAUCAAGAGAGGGCUCUUUAAAGACAGCGGGGCAUGAACGAUCAGCAGGGCCACAGAAUGGCGGUCGAAACAGAUAAGGAACUCAGCGACCUCUUGGAUUUUAGUGCGAUGUUUGCGCCCCCUGUGGCCAACGGGAAGACUCGACCAACCACGCUUGCCAGCAGUCAGUUUGGUGGCUCGGGAUUGGAUGAACGCAGCGGUUCCAGUCCCUGGGCUGCUGGGGAGCAGGGCAGCCCUUCGUUCAAUCAUGGACGGAGUUACAGUGAGGGCUCACACUACAGUGAGCAUGAUGGGCUUUCUUCACCAUUCCUCAGCUCUGGGAUUGGCGGAAAGAAUGAAAGGGGACCUUAUCCUUCAUUUGGUGCCCAGCAAGGGUUCCUGCCUUCAGACAUUGUGAUGGCCAAUGCUGAUGCCAUGUCUCCCUCAGGCCUGAAGUCUGGUUCUCAGUUUUACCCAACCUUCUCCAACAACCCCCGGAGACGCCCACCAGAUGGAAACAUUGAGACCCAACCGAAAAAGAUUAGGAAGCCACCAGGACUGCCAUCUUCUGUGUAUGCCUCCACGUCCGGUGAUGAGUAUCCUCGGGACAGCGCUGGAUAUCCAGGCUCCAAACCCGGUCCUGUGUACCCCGGCUCCUUCUACAUGCAAGAGGGUCUGCAGCCUUCCUCUGACCCCUGGGCGUCUUCUGGGCCUCUGGGCCAGUCAGGCUAUUCGGCCAUGCUGGGCAACUCGCCCCACAUCAGCCAGCCAGGCUCCUUCACUGCCAUCAAUCCACAGGACAGGAUGAAGCGCCAGCCGCUGCCUCUCUCCCCACAAAACUACCCUCUCCACGGCGCUGACGUCAAUGGCUUCCAUUCAGGCUCGGGAACAUACAACCACACAUCGUCCGUUAAUGGUGCAGACAGCAUUAUGGUCAGUAGAAGUUCAGCUACAGGCAGCUCAGGUGAUGAGAUUGGAAAAGCCCUAGCCUCGAUCUACCCUUCAGACCACAACAGUAACAAUUUCCCCUCCACACCCUCCACGCCAGUUGGCUCGCCCCAGGGCAUUGCAGGUGCUUCUCAGUGGCCAAGAUCUGCUAGCCAAACUGCCCUCUCGCCUAGCUAUGAAGGUGGACUACAUGCACUCAAUAAAAUGGAGGACCAUCUAGAGGAGGCCAUCCAUGUACUGCGCAGUCAUGCAGUGGGGCAGGGCCCAGGCUCAAGUCUUGGUGGAGCCCACUCAGACGUUCACAGUCUGCUGAGUGCUGUGUCCGCGUCUAUUCAUAAUGGAGCCCUGGGAAGCCUUGGCCAGGGCUUCCCCGGUGCUGGGCUGGCUCUGGGCAGCAGACAUCCUGCCAUGGGUGGAAGUCACCAUGAUGACCCUGCAUGCCUCCCUCCCAGCAGCAGCAGCCUAUUACCAACGUCCCACGCUUCAGGCACCCCACAGCCUGCAGGAGCACCAGAGGGCUUCACUAGUUUGCCAGGAGGCGUAGCCACGCACUCCUCAAACAGCAGCGAUAUUAAGAGGGAAGACAAAGAUGAUGAUGAGAACUCCUCCAUUGCAGAUAAGUCUGAAGAGGAAAAGAAGGACCCCAAAGUGUCUCGCAACAGAACAAGAAAGGAGGCGUUUUCCCUCCAGAUCCAUUCAAGUGUUUCAGACCAGGGAGAAGAUAAAGAUGAUGAUGAGGAUGAUGAAGAUUUGCCUGCCGAGGUGAAGCUGGAACGGGAAAAAGAGCGGCGUGUGGCCAACAAUGCACGAGAAAGAUUGCGUGUGCGAGACAUCAACGAGGCUUUUAAAGAGCUGGGCCGCAUGUGUCAACUGCACCUGAGCACGGACAAACCGCAGACCAAACUGCUCAUCCUUCACCAGGCCGUCAACGUCAUCCUCAAUCUGGAGCAGCAAGUGCGGGAGCGUAAUCUGAACCCGAAGGCAGCAUGUCUGAAACGGCGGGAGGAAGAAAAAGUUUCUGGUGUGGUGGGUGACUCUCCAAUGCAGUUGCCUGGACCUCACCCUGCUCUGGGAGGAGAUGGACACAGUUCUGUCGGGCAUAUAUGAUGAUCUUUGGCUGGAAGAAGUGGCCUUUUUAUCUCUUCCUUCAUCCUCUUCAAAGUAUGUGUGUGUGUGUGUGUGUGUGUGUGUGUGUGUGUGUGUGUGUGUGUGUUUUCACACAUGUUGACUUGGAAAGUGUAUCAUCCAUGAAAUGUAAGAGGUGCAUCUUCACACGUCCAGAAACACAAGUGUACUGCCAAACUGACAACCCAUUUUGCUGCACUCCUGAUUGUGAUUACCAGCGUAAAUGUGAAGAACUGUGUAUUUUAUUUUCCUCUUAUUUUUUUUAUUAUAUAUAUAUUUUUUCUGCUUCCAUAUACUGAUGGAACACAGGGAUAGAUAUGUUAUAUCUACCAUGGACAGUUUACCCCACAGCUGAGUAUGAGGGGAGGGGGGGGAGGGACUUACAAAUGUCAAGAUUUAAUCAAGGAUUUGUGCCUAAAUAAUUGUUACAUUUUUAUAAGAGACACUGAAGCAAAUCGCUUACUUGUGUGGAACAAAUCUGUUUGGGAGUUGCUUGUAAAUGAGCAAUGUUUUUAUGUAGCUUGGCAUUCCCUGCUUAAAGGUACAGUCUUACAUGUGUUGUGUAACCAAACCCAUGUGAAGUGGGGGAGAACCUGUGGUGCUUUUUGGGGACUGCAUAUCCCACCAUGCCCUAGGUCUGUAUUUAAAGAGUGGAAAGCUCACAGACCAGCUAAAGUCAUCCGCCUUUUCUUGUGAAGCUAAUGGUUUCAAUCAAAGCUGAGAUUUUUCUCUUUUUUUUUUCUCUAAAUGACACUUCAGAUUUUUUUUUUUAAAUGGCAGAUUGUGAUUGGUCACGGUUCUGCCAACCAGAGCAAACACAAAGCUCAUGAGAGCACUCAAAGGUGCCUGUGUUAACUUAAGACCCCAGUUGGAAGUAUUUGGUACAUUUCUAAAGUAAAUUCACCAGCCUCAGCAUUCCUGCUUGUUUCUAGUUAUCUCGUCUCCUGUGUAAGCCCAGACUGAAGCCCUGAUGCCCAGCAGUGUGAGAGUUACGACAUUAUUUCAGGGCUAUCCUGUUGUCAGCAAACCAAGUCUGCUGUUCUAGCUAAGGAUACUCUGAUUCCUAGACAGUAAAUACUCCAGCACAUCUCUCGUUGUUCUCUUGUCCUUCAUAAAACACCAGUUCAGAGCAUUUUCUGAAAAGGGGCGUACAUGCUCUCGUUGACUGUUGUUGCCAAAACUCUGAAACCUCAUUAUGUCCUCCCACACACACACAAAGGAUAUUAUUUCAACUUGAGCAAAAUGUAAGAACAUAUAUAUAUAUAUAUAUAUAUAUAUAUAAAUAUAUAUAUUUUGUUAGUAUAUACAUUGUAGAUUUAUAAAUAAAUAAAAAAAAUCACUAUUCAUUCGAAGUGUAGAAAUCUAUAUUGUUCAAGUGAGAGAGCAGGGCAGGGUAUGGUAAAAUGACUGAACAAGCGCGUUUCAGAAUGGCCCUGGAUUAUUUGCAUAUUGUCCAUUUUCUUGUCCAUUCUGUUCACCUGUGCUCCACUGACCACAGACAGCGUCUGUAUGUGUAACAUUUACUCUCCACGUUGCUGUGUUUAGGCUUCAUUGAGCUCUGUCUCAAAAACAGGCAAAGGAUUGAACCGAUUCUAAUGUUUGAGUUCGUGUAAGCCUGUUGUCAAAAUAUUGUUACUGAUUGAUGAAUCUUCCCUUUGAAUAGGGAAGACCGGAAACGCAGUUAUGCCACUGUCUGUAAUUACAAUUUCCUUCAUACUGAACUUUUGUUUUUAUGGAAUGAAAUCUAGCCGUUCUAAAGCAACCCCAUUGCCCAGCUCUCAUCUCAGUUUUGAACACAUUAUGCAACUGGUUUUGAAUGUACACUCAAAUAUAGAUUAUACUCCUUAUUUGCUGUACGUCAGAAUCCUGCCAGUUCAGUUAUAUUAUUAUUUCAUUUGUCAGUAUAUAAUCUAUCAAUUUCUGAUUAAAAACAGAAUUUUUUUUUAUCUUGUGUGAUGGCAUGAAUGGUUUAAUGUGUGUACGAUAAUAGUGUUAAUUCAUAACAUGUCUACAAUCUUGUUGAUUGUGGACAAUGUUAAAUAUCGAUAUUCGUUUUCAAAAAGAGAUUAUAGCAACGCAUAUCGAUUACUGAGGGAGGGAUGCAUAAUUGACCUUUUUGAAUAUUUUAAAUGUGGCCUUCUCAUUCUCAAGGCAGUCAUAUUUGGUGCCUUAUUAGUGCCUAAAUUUAUUUUUCUUCUGAAAUAAUAUUCUUCAUUUAUCUUUAAAUGUUCUGAAGUGCUCAAAGUAAAUGUAUGACUGAAAAGUCUCGACUCGACUGAUAUAUCAUUUUUCAAGAAAAAAAAUGCAUCAACUGUUCCAUAAAGUUAUACAUUUCUGAUUAGGUAUGUGUGAUUUGUCAGUAAUCUUAUGCUUGUGGUUGGAUUUACAUUUUGUUUACUUGUGUAACCUUUUUUUUUUCUUCUUGUCCCAUUCAUUUCUGUUGGUGUCUGUUUUCAAGUACUCAUUAUUUGGAAAGCAUGUAAAAUUAUGGGAGAAAGAUUUCCAUUUUGAAGAUUAUUUAAACACUAGACUGUUAGCAGUAUUUUUCAUCACCAGCCAAAUUUAUAAACACUUUAGAUAUGCCAUAUUGUAGGCCUCUAGCAGUGAGCACACAAAUUAACUUCUGGGUGGAGGUUUUAUUUUAUAAUUGGAGAAAGUCUAUAAAAUGAAAAACAGGCUUGUUCUGUCUGACUUUUGCUACCAACAUUACCUUAAAGAAAUCCAUCAUUGCAUCUUCCAUGAAAUCCAAAAGCAUAAAUAUUUUAUUUUAAAAUUGUAAAACAUUAUCACCAAUUGUUUAUUGGUUCAAUUACACAAGUGCAACAUUACAGACUGGUGGAGAAAGUUAUUUGCAGAGGGGAUGCAUUUUGGGACAUCUAAUAUUUUUUUCCUCUCAUUUUUUAAUUAGUUUUUUUUUUUUGUGUUCCCUCACUAUAAAUGUUUCAUGCAAAACUAAAUUUCAGAGUUUGCCAAGUCUUGUCAAGCAUGAACAUGCAUGUGGCAGUUUAUAUUUUUAUGGGAAGUGUUCCGGCUUUUCAAAAUGCAGCAUUAAUAACAAGUGCUGUUGUAUCUGAAGCGAAACGUCCUGCCCAACAUUUCUAUACUAAUGCACCACUUUGAAUAGGGGACAUGAACAAUACAGAAUACUGCUGUUGUGGCUUCAGAGUGCCUCCUUGUGUGUGUGUGUGCGUGUGUGUGUGUGUGCGCGCGCGUGUGUGUGUGCGUGUCUUUUUAGUCUCUUAUUUCUGUCUUUUGUUUUUAUAAAAAAAAUAAAUAUAUAUAUAUAUAUAAAGUAGGUAUUAAGAUUCUGUCCUGUAUAUAACAGUAAUGUAGCAAUAAAUGUGCCAUUUUUAAUAACAAAACUCUACAUUUUUUCAAUGUCUGGGUUUGAGUCUUGUAUACCUUAAAAAGCUAAAUAAAUAAAAACAUGUAAUAGAAGGUG